GGCUCUGCAACGUGCGCUGUCAUUGCCACGAGUGUGAGUUGUUGUGGCACGAGUUUGCCAUCUGCGGAUCGCGUUACACAAACACACAAUCACGAAAGAAAGAACCGCUGUUGUAAACGUAAAAGCAGAAAUGCUGCGCUCGGAAGUUCUGGAUGCCGAAGUCGCCAAAAACGUCUCGGCGUACACGAGUACCAUUACGCCCUUUGCCGAGCGCCGCAGUGGUCUCUACCUCACCAAGUUCGAGGUGGCUCGCAUUGUCGGGGAGCGGGCCAAGCAGAUCGUAAACGGCACUGCGAUCUCCCUGCCCGCGACCACCUCGGGCCGCGACGCCGUCGAAACCGCGGAGCGCUGCAGCGACGCGCGUUCCCUCGCGGUGGACCCCGUAAUGAUGGCGAAGUACGACCUCAUUCAACGCAAAAUUCCCAUGCUGGUUCGCCGGACGUGGCCGGAUGGCAUGACGGAAACGAUUCCGGUGAGGGAGCUCAUGGUGGAUGCAACGACGCUUGACCUACAGUUUUAG